AAUAUGAUUUUUUUUUACUAAAUAUUUUAUUAAUAAUUUUAAAAAUAUUUAUUUUAAACUACAUGUCAAGUAUAAAUCUUUACAUGUACAGUGUCUAUAUAUAACGACUAGAUAGGAACAACAUUUCGCAUUCUUCUCUCACUUUCAUUCUAUUGUAGUUAUUUUGGUUUCCUUAUACAUUUUGAUGUAUUGUAUUCUUGCCUUAACAAUUGUUCUGUGAAAAAUCAAGUAUGUCACUUAGACAUUUACCGUAUCACAAUUUUAAGCUGUCAAAAGUUACUACAUAAAGUGAGCAUUCUAAAACUUAGAAUAAUGUAUUUUAUAAAUCUUAUAUUAAAAAGACAGUGAAAGCAGGAUAUAGUAUAAAAUUUUAAAUGAAUAUUAGUAUUAAAAAUGUGGGUGUUUGGUUACGGAUCCCUAGUGUGGAAAGUAGAUUUUAAAUAUGAAUACAAAGUUGUUGGUUACAUUAAGGGUUAUCACAGGAGAUUUUACCAGCAUAGUAUAGAUCACAGAGGAGUACCAGAAAAGCCGGGGCGAGUGGUUACUUUGAUUCCGAGUGAUGAUCCCAAUAGUAUUGUUUGGGGAAUAGCUUACAAGAUAAGAGACGAGGACAUUGAAGAAGUAACUCACCAUCUUGACUUCAGAGAAAAAAAUGGCUAUUCCAAAGAAACUGUGACUUUUUAUCCCAAAGACGGAGUUACAGAGCCAUUUAAAUUGACUUUAUAUGUAGCUACCUCCAACAACGAAUCCUACGCUGGGCCAGCGUCAAUAGAAGAUAUAGCCGAGCAAAUUAUAUCUUGUCAUGGGCCUAGUGGGGCUAAUAAAGAUUAUUUGUACAAUUUAGCUGAAGCGAUGCGUCAACUUGCUCCAGAUGUAAAUGAUGAUCAUCUCUUCUCCCUAGAAACUGCUGUGAGGAGAUUAGAUAAGAGUUAAUGAAAGUCUAAUUAUUAAAUAAUUAAAAAUUCCUAGAAAAAUAUAUUUAUUUUAUAAAUUAA